UGUUUACCAUCAUGGCGGACUUCCUUCGCUAUAGUUUACUACACUCUGUUACAUGCAUUUGCGGCUGAAUCGACAGUCUCACCUAUGUAGGGUCUUUGGUGGCCACCUCCUGUUGUCAACAGUGUUGUCAACACAUACUUCCAGGAAAUACACGACUGCUCUCCUGACGUCAUCAGCCCGAUGAAAGAUAUUCUGAGACAUGCCAUCAACUUUUUUAAAUGGUGUACUGGUGAUUUUAAUACUUGCUGGAGCCAGAGUGGUAUUAGCUGUGCUCAACACCCCAAGAAAUGUCCGUCUGACUUCCAUAAACAUGAAUUUGGUGCUGAGGUGGGAUUCAUCAGCGGAGGGAACCAGUGAUCUUCUCUACACCGCUGAGGCCAAGACCUCUGUCACAAUGUACCGGGUGGGUUGUGUGAACACCUCAGCACUUGAAUGUGACUUCAGCAGCCUUGAAUUCCCCCUCAGCUUGUAUGGAAGGUAUACAGGCAGAGUGCGCGCACAGCAGGGGCCAGAGAGCUCUCCUUGGGUGGAAAGUAACAACAUUACCAUGGACAUUGAUACCAUCAUUGGGUCACCCAGUGUCUCGCUCUUUUCCAAUGGGGCUGCACUUGUAAUUUCCAUUGAAGAUCCAGUGUUUGCAAUCUCAACGCUGAAGGAUGUCUACAGCACUGCUACUUACAACAUCACCUACUGGAAAGAUGGCCAGAGUGAAAAGGCAAGAAACAUAAGCAGUGUUCUGCAAAACCGAGUGGUUUUAAACAAACUGGACCCCUGGAUGAAGUAUUGUGUUCAGGUCCAAAUCAAUGCAGGGGAGAGGAGAGAGGGGAACUCCAAGUUCAGCAUACCAAGCAGCACUGUUUGUGAGAGCACCACCUCUGAAGCAGAAGCUCCAUGGGUGCCGGCAGUGGUCACGUUUUUCAUCAUGACCUUGACAGCAACUCUUGUGGUGAUUGCACUGGUUUAUAGAAAAAGGAUUUCCCAUCUUCUUUGUCCACAAGAAGCGCUCCCUUCGCAUCUUUUAGAAACACAGAACUCACCAAACGACUGGACCAUGCAGAUCUCUGACCAACCGGAGGAGAAAUACAACUCAGUCAAAGUCAUUGCAGAUAAUAAGUCAAUGGAGCAACGGAAAGUCAUUGGAAAAGGUGCUGUCUGCCUUCUGCAGGACACUUGAUGUUACAGUACCAUCUUUGUGAGGCCAUGAAAACAGAAAAGCUGCUACAUAGACCACUAAAGAACAGAAAAGCUGGGCAGGAUGUAGUCUGUUGUAACUGUGAGAGAUUAUGUGCAGGGAUGACUUUCAAGCAGCAAGCAACCAAAACAAAAUAACAAAUGCUGGCAGUUUACUGGCACAGUUCAUUCAUUUAUAUGUCUCUCUUCAUCUUCUCUUUUUUUGUCUUUGGCAAGCAACCCACUGUGACCAUGGGUGGAUAUGGCUGGCUGUUAUGUGCGAAAAUUCCUGGCCAAAGAAUUAGAUUUACUGUAUCAGAACCUGGAUUUCCCCCCCCCAAAUUUGGAAUAUUCUACACCUCAAUUUCUCAAAUUUUCAAUUUAUUUUGAAAACCUAUAACAACAUGAUAUGUUACACUUACAAACUUGCACAAUAUUUACAUACUCACUUUCUUCUGUUCUUAUUCAUUUUCUUGUGUUUUUUUUUUUUUAGGGAGAAUGAACAGAGUAACCUGUUUUGCUGUGCAUGUGCAACCACAAUAAAACUCUUUAAUUGAAGAUGACUGAAACCACUGUAAAUGUUCAGUAAACAAAAGUGUUUUACUGUCAUGAAUUUCAAUUUUUCUUCAAAAAACAUGCCGUCAGCGGAGGCAGGUGAGGUAGAGCCUGAAAAAUGUUUUAAAAAAUAAUAAUGGUAAGUAAUGGUAAUUAUUUGGCUUCCGAUCCCAUUUGAUUUUUUUUUUUAUAGUCUUGUCGAUCCUUUUUUUUUUUUUAGUAAUAAUAAGCUUUUGUUACAAACAUGAAUUUGUGGAAUUGAAUCUGGU